ACAACCGACAGCUCGCGGAGCGGUAACCUACCGCACUAUAAUAAACACCCUCCAGCCCGAGAGUCACCGGCAGUUCGUCCUCGCAUUGUGUUACUCUUCUUUUGCCGGGUGCUGUUUAGUUCUAGUUCAUUUUAAAGUGUAUAUUUGUAGAGAUAGAUACGGGAUAUGGUUCAGUUUAAAGGACAAGAUCCGCGUCCUCUCUGCUAGACAGCAGAUUUAAAGAGCCUUGCAGGAGGGCAGUGGGUUGAUUUACUGGGCGGGUGUGUAUGGCUUAAGAAAGAAGAGAGGAGAUCGGAUCAUUUGCUCUGUGCCUCGUGAGUUUGUGAAUAAUGCACAGUGAUGGUGCCUUCUCAGACCCACGUGAUGCUCAAGUGGCAAGAGCACCUCAACAGCUCCUGGGCGGCAGAGGACAGCGUUCAGACUGCCACUAGGCAUGAAGCUGCUGCUCUCUAUGCAAAACUACUCUACAACAAGGAGGUGGUGGGCUUGGCGCAGCCAGUACAGGACUUAAUGGGUCCACGCUUGCCCGACUUCCAGUAUGAAUCGAGUGCUGAGGAGGAAAAAGAGGAAUAUCUGUCUGCACUGCUUCACAGUCAGCGAUGCCUGGCCCACCGCAUGCUGGCACGGACUCCCUUUGCCCUAUCUCUGCACCACAGGCUGGUGGUCCUACAAAGAGUGUUUUACGCACUCCAUAGCAAGUAUCACGACCGAUUCCGGGCGCCACUGCCUCCCCAACCAUCAUCAUCCAAUGCAGAAGGGGGCGCUCUUGAGUCUGUUUCAGAUCCAUGGCCAACAAGCAGUUCAUGUUCAAAGUCAGGAACAGAUGUUCUUAUAGAGAUGGGUGUCCGAACUGGGUUGAGUCUACUCUUUGCCCUACUGAGGCAGAGUUGGCAACGUGGGCGUCUUGAAAAUCCGCCAGACGUCGCUCUGUGCAAUGAGGUACUAGCUACUGCGUCAUCCGUCCUGGCAGCCCUGCCUCCACUCUCCUUGGCCAACGAGAACAAGAUCCCAGCCGUAGGGCUUGACUGCCUCACCCAAGUUGGAGACUUCUUGAAGAAGACUGCAGUCAGUGGGUCUGGGGCAGAUCAAGCGGGUCGGAGGCUUGCCCUGGAGCUUCUACUCUCGCUAGCGCUACAAAGAGGAUCCUUGCGCUUCCUUCUUGAGUGGGUAGAGGUGGCAUUGGCUGCUUCGGCUUCCUCUACAUCUUCUGAGACUGUUGGGGUGGGCUGCGAGCUAAUUCAUCAGACCCUGCAACAGAUGCGCCAGCACAUGGCUGUUCGCUGUGAAUCCGUCAAUUCUCAGGUGCUGAUGAAAGAUGCUGACGGACUUUGUAGCCUUUCGCACGUCGCUCUCUGCCUCUUUGAAGAGAUCUGUACCCUGGCUUCUAACUGCCUGUGCUCAUGCAGUGCGGGUUCUUCGUUGUCCUCUGGCUCAGAGAGUGAUGCGGUCAUGGUGCAUGUGUGGGGCAGCAACAGUAGCCAUCAACUUGCCGAAGGAACGUUGGAGAAGAUUUUACAGCCCAAACUAGCUCAGGGCUUCAGCGAUGCACAAAUGAUCGAGGCAGGCCAGUACUGCACAUUUUCCGUAUCAGCUGACGGUGCAGUGAAGGCCUGUGGGAAGGGGAGUUAUGGGCGUUUGGGUCUUGGGGACUCUAAUAACCAGUCCAUUCCCAAGAAGCUGGUGCUUGAGCCGCCUCGCACCAUGAGGAAAGUGUCUUCUUCCAAGGGUUCAGAUGGACACACACUGGCCGUCACGGCGGAGGGAGAGGUGUUCAGCUGGGGAGACGGCGACUACGGCAAACUGGGGCACGGAAACAGCGCCACGCAAAAAUAUCCAAAGAUCAUACAAGGCCCUCUGUUAGGAAAGGUGGUGGUGUGUGUGUCUGCGGGAUACAGACACAGUGCUGCAGUGACUAAUGAUGGAGAGCUGUACACAUGGGGGGAAGGUGACUUCGGUCGACUCGGUCAUAGUGACAGUCACAGUCGUAACGUGCCCACUCUGGUGAAGGAUAUCAGUGGGGUGGGUCAGGUGGCCUGUGGCAGCUCUCAUACCAUUGCUGUGGCUCAGGACGGCCGAAUCGUCUGGUCCUUUGGAGGAGGGGACAACGGUAAACUGGGACACGGGGACACAAACCGUGUGUACAGACCUAAAGUGAUUGAAGCCCUACAUGGAUUUAUUAUCAGGAAAGUUUGUGCAGGGAGCCAAUCAUCACUGGCUUUGACAUCUGCUGGUCAGGUGUUUGCGUGGGGCUGUGGCUCGUGUCUGGGUUGUGGUUCAUCUGAAACCACCUCACUCAGACCUCGAUUGAUCGAGGAGCUCAGCAUUACUAAAAUCAUUGACAUUUCCUGUGGAGACAGUCACUGUCUCGCCCUGUCCCAUGAGAAUGAGGUGUUUGCUUGGGGUAACAAUGCCAUGGGACAAUGUGGGCAGGGCCACACUUCAACGCCAGUCACCAAACCCAAGAAGGUGAUUGGUUUAGAAGGGGUGUCAAUACAGCAGAUUACUGCAGGCACCUCCCACAGCCUAGCCUGGACAGCUGUCCCUACAGACAGGCAGCUGGUGGCUUGGCACAGGCCGUUUUGUGUUGAUCUGGAGGAGAGCACGUUUACAUACCUGCGUAGUUUCCUGGAACGCUACUGCGACAGCAUCAGUGGUGACACACCGCCCGCCCCUUUCCAUUCUCAGAGGGAACAUCAUCAGUUUGUGCUGUCGUGUAUGAAACUCUUGUCCAUCCACCUGUCUCUGGCCCAUGCAGGUGGAACAGGGGCAACAGUUUUGGGUGCUCAGGGCCGGCCCCUCAGGAAUCUGCUCUUCAGACUCAUCGAUUCCAGUGUACCAGACUCCAUACAACAGGCGGUAAUGAGCACACUGUCCAUCGGAGCAUCUCUGUUGCUGCCUCCUCUUAGAGAGAGAACAGAGCUGCUGCAUUCUCUGUUACCUCAGGGACCAGAGAGCUGGGAGAGCCUCUCUAGAGGACAGCGUCUUCAGCUAGACAUGGUGCUGAACAGCCUGCAGGAACAGAGUCAUGUGGCAUCUCUGCUGGGGUACAGCACACCUGGCGAACUGAGCGCAGGCCUGCCGCCCACCCCUGACCGUCCCACAGGAAGUGUCAGCUCAAACUCAGAAGCUCCAGACAACCUCCACCUGGCUGAAGUUCUCCUGAAGACCCUGCUGCUCAGCAUCGGGUUUUAUACGGAGCGUGCAUUUGGGGAACUGGAGAAGAACAGUGAUAAACAGCAGUUCAGUCAGUCUCAAAAACAGACGGAGGCCCCGGCACACUUUCAUCACCUGCUGUCAGCCCUGCACAGACACCUGCUAGCCCACUGCUACAUCCACACCAGCGCUGGGGAUGACAGCAGUGUUAUUCUGCUUCACAAACACCUGUGUCUGCUGCUGCCGUAUGCUGCUGAGACCUUUAGGAGAUCUACCAUACUGCUGGAGGAGAGCAAACUAGAUAAACAUGUCAUCAACAAACUACACAUUGUGCUUUUUGGCUCAAUGGCGGGCAGUCUGCUGUGUCAGGUGAUAUACUCUCUGCUCCUGCUGCCAUUGGCUGUCGUUAGGCCCCUCCUUCCUCACCUGCUCACUCUGCUCGAGCACCUCAACGAGCUCAACUGUUACCUGCCCAACACAACACACCUGGAGGACAUGGAGCUGGAGGGAACCGCACACGAAGCAUCCGAAACUUCAGAGCCAAUCCUGGUGCCAGAUUCAGAUGACUGGGCGUGGCUUUUGGACCUGGAGAGGUCUGUGGCACUUGCUAUUGGCCGAUGCCUGGGAGGUAUGGUGCAGGGCCUGCCCCCUUCCAUCCAGGAGAAGACGGCAGAAUUCUGGCUGUGUAACCCACUCCUGAGAAACGGGCUGGAGAUAGACUUUGAACAGCUGGAUUGUGUGAUGGGUUGGCUAACUGAGGCUGUGUUCAUGGGUUGCGGGGAUGUGAGGAUAGCAGAACUGUGUCUGUCGGAAGAGAACACAACGUUGUUGGAACUCGCCCUUGGCGCUCCACGCGAACCAGCCAGCGCCCUCUGGAGGAAGAUGAAGGAGUAUGCAGCAAGUAGAGACUGGGACAGUGGUGGCUCGGUGGGAGAUUCCUUAUUAGAGACGGCGUGUCGAUGUAGUUUGGCUGCUCUGCUCAAACACACCGGCCUUCAUGAAGCGUACUGGCAGGAUAAAUAUGAGCCCUGUGAAGUGCUGACUGAGAUAUAUCAAGUGGUGUAUAAAAUUCGCAGUAGUUUGCUAUCGUAUAAAGAGAGUGCAGGAAACACAGCCAAUGUGCAACCUACAACUGCCACCAAACAGGCAUCAUUGGGAUCUCUGAGCCCUAGUGAGGAGAGGCAGGAGGCAGGGAGCUCAGAAGAACAAACCGGGCGAGACAAGGAUCCUAGCAGCCAGAUGCUCCACACAGCUGAACACAACCAGGAUGAUCCUUUAGAGGAGGAGACACCCAGCAUCAGCAGUAUGUACCUGCCGGAGGUCCUGCAGUGUUUCCUGGCCACACGUGAAGCCAUGCAGCUCCAACAGAACGAGACCGUCUAUGAGUCGUCUGGUACCAGCACUUUACCCAGCAGCACCGAGAGCCCCGGAACUCCAGACAGAGAGCCCCCACAGAGGCCCUGGGACCACCACAGCACCACCGACCAGGGUCUGUCCUUCCCUGCGGCCUGCCACCUGCUGGUAUCACGCUGCCUUUUCCUGCUACUGGGAGUGCGAGCUGCCUGGCAGGAGGAGAGCUUGUCGCCACAGACACAUAUUGAGAACAACUCAGUCAGGUCUCCACUUUACAAUGAGGGAAUUGGCACAAAUAUGGAGUUUCAGUCAUCAGAGAGAAAAUUCAGUGAAAGAGAGGCAACAGAUCAGUCUAGAAGUACCUCGGGGUCAUUCAAGAAUAAAAUGGGCCUACCGCUGUGUUCUCUGGGCAUCAUGAAAGAUGCCUGGGAACGACUGCGUCAGUGCAUCAGUCCCACCACCGUACUGUGUCCGGGUGGAGGCGGCACACCCAUCCUGGGCCAAGUCUUCCAUUUCCUGUGUGGGAGCCUCCUCCGAACCUCUUCUCUGAUGGACAAAGAUGGAGUGGCACAGGCAGACCCCAAAGCCAUCACAGUUGCCAUGGCACAGCAACACCAAAGAGCCCAGGUUCGUUUGGAGGCGUUGUGUCAGAUUUCCUCAUUCCUGUCAGAGAUGGAGGAAAAGAACACCAUCUCUCUGGUGCCCCCUCGUUUCCCAGGCCUCCUGCAGUCAGUGCAGCUGCAGUUCCUCUCUGGAUGCUUUGGUCUUGGAGCACCUAUCACUGGCAGUCUGGCUGCACUCAACAACGAGAUUCACCAUUACACCGCUGGUACUCAAUCAGCUCCAUUAGCUGUUCAAAGGGAGUUGCAGUCUGCAGCUCACAUGCUCUACCAGCAGCUGGUGCGUGUGCUCAGACAGAAGAUGGCGCUAGAGAGAGAACAGGCAGGCUCUUACCAGCAUCUGCUGUUAGCAACAGUGUUCGCUCUCAACUUUCACUAUCAGCCUGUAGAUCUGGUGGUGAUUAUUAAAUGUGGUGUUUUGGAGAUCUUGUCCACACUGACUGAUAACACCUGUGUGCUGGUCAACCAGCGCUGGCUUGCCGCCUCGAUGUCGGGUCACAUGCAGCUGGGUGGGGCGGUGAAACUGGCCGCUGCCAGACUCCUGCAGAUAUUUGGCAUUGCUGGCAGUUCAUGUGAGGAGUCUCUGCCAUUGGAUGUGUCCCAGGCUCUUAUGGAUGUGAUGAGUGAGCAGUUACAGUGUUUAUUACAUGCUGUCCACCAGCAGGAGGUGCUAGAGAGGGACUCCACAGAGCACAUCCAAGAGGAGACAUCUAAACAAGAGAGUGCGGAUGUAGUUCGUAGCAACAGGGUUGUGGAGUCCCAGCUCGCUGACUUUCUUGUCUUCCUAAGGCGCAUUUUGUCACUACGGGUCGCCAAAAGAGUCUCAGCAUUUGUCAAGUGGAUUGAUCCACUGAUGACUAUCAUCUCGUACAAGAGCAGCUCAGGGAAUCCACUUUUCCACAACCUGCGGACUAAACUGUUAGCUUUCCAUAUUCUUGAAGCCCUGCUGCCCACAUGUUCAGAUCAUGCCAUGAUGAAACAGAUUGUGGAUCAGUUAUUCAGCCUUUUAUCCUCAUACAUGUGGGAGGAACCUGUAGCCUUGAGGAAACAUCAGGAAAAAGCUUCUGAGAUCUCAAAUAGGGACAGCGGAAGUGAAGAUGAGUGUAUCCCUAUCGGUGAUUUCUCCUUCGACCCUCAUAAACUAAUCUGUUGUUCUCUGGAGAGUGGGAAUGUACUGUCUCAUGGAUCGGGAGGGAAAGGAUAUGGUCUAGCCACCACUGCAAUCACAUCUGGAUGCUUCAUCUGGAAGUUCUACAUUACUAAGGAGAACAGGGGAAAUGAGGGGACGUGUAUCGGAGUGUCCCGAUGGCCCAUUCGCGACUACAACCAUCGCACCACUACAGACAUGUGGCUGUACCGGGCCUACAGUGGAAGCCUGUAUCACGGAGGUGAACUGGGCCGAGCACUGCCCUCCUUCACUCAGGGCGACACCAUCACCUGCAUCCUUGACAUGGAAGCCAGAACCAUCUCUUUUGCCAAAAACAACAGGGAACCCAAGUUGGCGUUUGAAGGAGUGGAUACCACAGAGCUCUAUCCAUGCGUUCUCUUUUACAGCAGUAACCCUGGAGAAAAGGUGGCACUGUGUGACCUGCAGAUGCGCGGGAUGCCUAGUGAUCUUUUGCCAGGGGAGCCGCUGUGUAGCCCCCGUGCCACGGUUCUGCUGGAGUCCACGAUUCAGCUGCUGAGACAGCUGUAUGUAAACGAUAACUGGGUUCAUCAUAUCAACCAGUACAUGCUGAAUAAACUCCAGCUCAUAAACCCACUUAUGAGGGAGGGUGUACACGGCAAGAUCGGAGGUCAUGCCAGUAAGGAGUCUGAUGAGAAUUGUGCAGCGAGAGUAAGGAGCUCUGCUUGGACUGAUCUAGGGAAAUCAACGGACCACCUCUCUGGCCCUGCGGGGCUUUCUGACGCCCAGCUCAGCGUGCUGUGCACUGAGGUCUGGCCUGUUAUGGCCCUCAUCGGAGGGGUGGACAGCGGCCUCCGUGCUGGAGGGACCUGCCUGCACAAACCCAGCGGCCGACGGGCGACCCUGCUUGGGGUACUGAAAGAGGGAAGCCCCCUGGCCAAGCUUCAGUGGGAGGAGACAGAUUUUUCUGUAAGCUUCCUGAAUUCUUGGUCACCUAGUGACACACCUCUCAUCUCCCUGGAGCCGUGCGAUGUCCCCCAGUUGGACAUGUCCCGCUGCUGCGGUCUCAAGCCGUCGGUCCUGUUUGACCUCAUCCUGAUGACCGGCAUUCUGAAAGAGCAAGAGCCUCCGUCCGGAUCAUCUGGUGCAUUGGGUAUGCCACGGAGCCGGAUUAGCUCAGAGGGCGGCCCACGUAGUGAGCUGGAAAGACGAUUAGAUGAAGACAUUGCACGUAUUAUGAUGGACGAAGAAGGGAUAGCCUGUCCAGUGGACGAGGACCGAUUUAAAGCAGAGGAGAACCAAGAUAACACAUCCAGAACCCUCAAUCAAUCAAAUGAUGACCGUAACAGCGCCCCCUGUCCGCCAAUACUUGCACUACAACCGAGAGUGGACUUCUUCACAUUGGAACUUCGUGCGAUUCGCAUUUCCUACCUCCUCCUGGGGGCGCUAAAGUCCCUGGCAGUCAUUCUGAGCUGCGUGAAGUUCACAGAUCUUCUCAUGGUGCCCAAAUCAGAGGCUGGCGUCAACCUAACAAGCCCUGACUCUGCGAAGACCUCUGCUGGUGGGGAGGAUAAUGCUGAACUGCGCUCUGUGCUACAGUUUGUAGUGCGGAGCAUGGUGAAGUGGGCUGUCAGACCCUGUCCUAUCAAACAGGCCGUGGCUUUAUCAGACCUUGAGAGGGCUCAGAUCAUCAUCUUUAAAGGGGUGCUAAGCAGACUGCAGGAGGAUGGAAGCAAGGGACAAAAGGAUUGUGGAAGUCACUCCUCUCAGCCCGUGUCCAAAUCCUCCAGUUCUGUCUCGCUCUAUAGCAAUGGUUCUGAGGGCACCGCCAUCUUUGGCCAAUCAGCUUCCCCCUCCACCAAUGACCUCACAGUAUCCCUCCUCACCGCCCUGCAGGCUGAUGGCCUGGAGAACUUUAACCCUUUCCUGCCCAUAAACUUAUUACAGCGGAUGGUGCUGGCCCGUUUUCCCACAUUGGCAGGUCUAGUCCACAGUCCGGUUCUGCCCCCUGGGUUAAGCCUGACUUCCUCAGCAUCCUGUGAGGGAUUUACUGAGCAGCAGACCAGCUUUCUGGAGCCCUGCGGCCAGACAAGGACCCCCUUGGAACAGCCACAAAUGUUUGUCCCAGUUCGCUUGCUUGAAAUGGGCUUCUCAAUGAGACACAUCUACAGGGCAAUGGAGGCAGCAGGGGUCACGGGCGAGAUAGAUUCACGCACCAUUGAGGUGCUGGCGAGUUGGAUGCUGGAACACCCUCUAACAGAGGAGCAUCAGGCCAGAGAGGACUCAUCAGCAGGGGGCGCCACUGAUACGCCCUCAUCAGAAGGACCAGAGACAGUGCAGUGCCCUGAGUCUCCUGCUCCAAUGACACUGCAGGAGAGCAGAGAACCCAAUGAUAGCCUGUUAGCAGGUUUGGACCUGGUGGAGAGAGAGAACUUUUUAGAUGUUCACCUGACCAGGAACAGACCUCCGCCUGCCCGCAGACAGCGAUCAGGCGUAGGACAGAGAACUUCCUUCAGGAGAGCAGACUCCCCAUCGCCCAGUCCUGUCCCGACGCUGUACAGACAGGAAGUGGGUGUGACAGAGUGGCCCGAGCGUGCUGAAACAAAUCCGUUUGCUGCUGAAGAAGAGUCCGAGCUGGGCUACAUGGAUGACCCGUACCAGGAAGAACCUUACGAGGAGCUUCUCACCCCAGAGUUCAUCACCGCUGAGAGGGACACGCUUUGGAUGGUAGAGGGAAGAGAAGAUCACCCAGAUCCUCAUGAGAUGGUGGAGUGUGAGCUGUGCAACACACUCACACUGCAGUUCAACAACCACAUGAAGCGUCAUCACCCAGGCUGCGGUCAAAGCGCCAGUCGCCGUGGUUACCGCAGCAACGGGGCCUAUGUUGAUGGCUGGUUCGGAGGGGAAUGUGGAUCAGGCAGCCCAUACUACCUCCUGUGCAGCACAUGUAGGGAAAAAUAUCUGGCCUCCAACCUGGGAGUCAUGAGCUCCAAACAGGACAGAACAAGAGGCGUGGCAUCUGAUCUGAUUGGUCAACUGGAUGGUACAUCAGACGAAGAAUGGGAUCCAGGUAACCAGGAAGACUCUGACCCAGACAGGCUGACUGGUUUGGAGGAUUUUGGGACUCUUCUGAGACCUCUGGGUCUGAGUGAAAAGAAGCCUGUUCCUGACCCAAUCCCCUUCACUGAACAUGACCCGCUCGGAGCUUUAGUCAGCGGCUCAGUCAGUGGAGACAACAGCCUACUUUACAAAGGUGUGAUUAGCACUGAGUUGAAGCGCUCCUCAGUUCCUUUAAGUCUAGGAGAGCAGGCUGCAUCUCUGAGGGAGCCUCAGGAGAGAUUGUUGGCUCUGAGGAGAGUCACCUCCACAGCUCAGAUCCUGCUGGCAUACAGUAUGGUGAUGAAAGCUCUCUCACAGACCUCCUCAAGUAGUUCAGUUUGUAAUCAUUCAAGCGGUCUGGAGGCUCUAGGAUUGGCUGAUGUCCGUAUCCUGGUCAGGCUAAUGUGUCUAGCAGCAGGUGGGCGUGUCCACAUGGGCGUAGACCAGCAGGGAUUGGAACGUGGCUGUGUGAGUGAUCGCACAGGCUCAGCCUUCCUGUCCUUCCUCAGCUCAGCUAUUGGAAGUUUAGUGUCCCACAGUCCUGCUGCCUACCGAGAGUUAGUGGACAUCUGCACUCAGGAUCUCAUGGCUGCUGCUACAGGAAUGAACAUCAGCGCCAUCAAUGAUCCACAGCAGAGGAUGAGGCAAAGCUCCGCCCUCAAGGGGCCAGCACAAGAGCCAAGGGAUCUGACUCCACCCACCUUCCUGGUCACACAGAAUCUGGUAUCGCUGUUGACAGAGAAAGGCAUCCGAUACCGUUACAGUGCAGAAAGAAGUGAAUCAAUGGAAACAAAGGAAGGUGGAAGCCCCCCACCCUUAGGUCCCCCUCUCUCUCAAACGGGGGUACGGGUCGGUCCUUUGGAGCUGGCUAAUGCACUGGCCGCCUGUGCCCUGUCGGCCCGACUGACCAGCAGACACCGUCAGUGGGCGGCAAAGCUGCUGGUCCAGGCCCUGGCGGUCUCCGAGAGAGACAACAGUGCCAGACCCCAGACCUACAGUGACAUGGCUGGAGACUUGCGAAAAUGCCCAAUCAGGAAGCUGGAAGGACAUCAGAACAGGGUGAGCAGCUGCAGCUGGAAUGGUGAUCAAGGUCUGUUGGCCACCGGCUCACAGGAUGGAACUGUCCGACUGUGGACCAUCUCACCAAACACUUCAGAGCUGUUGCACACACACACCUGCAGUGUCAGUGAGGAUGCUCAGAGUUCAGAUGGCUCUAUGGGGUCUCAUCUGCUGUCUGCUGUAUCUUGGAGUGCAGGGGGAUCUCUACUGGCCGCCUUCCAGAACAAACUCAUCAACAUCUGGACCGUCAACGGUUCUCAGGCGUAUGAAGAAGCUCAGUCCUCGUGGGUAACAGCGCUUUCAUGGGUACAAACGUCCAAUCUGUUCCUAAGUCAGGAAGCCUGCAGUCAGGCUAGCGCUCCUGAGAGUCUACUUGUGGGUCGGCUGGAUGGCUCCCUCUGCUGGCUGGAGGUCACAGAGGACUUGAGAGUGGAGAGAACAGAACUCACUCAUUGCCACAGGAAAGAAGCACCUCAGUGCCUGGCCUGGUACAGUGUAGAUAAACCCUUUGCAGUUGGUUAUCCAGAUGGCAAAAUUCUCCUAGCAACCGCAGAGAGCUAUGAAUCCGAUCCUCCUAUUCUUCUAACAGCAUUUCCUGAGAGCGUGAGUGCACUUAGGUGGGAUCCCACAGGUCAUCUGCUGCUGUCUGUCGGCCGCUCUGAGAUAGUGAAGAUCUGGGGUCGUGCCAGCAGCGCGUGGGUCACCCUCCACUCUCUCUUCCACACAGGGACUGUGAAUACGGCUGAGUGGUGCCCUAUGCCGGGGCGAGGGACGGAGCCUCGUCUUAUGAUGGCAAUUGGAUGUCAAAAUGGCCUCCUGUACGUGUGGACUCUUCCUCAAGGGGGUGCUAAUGUCUCAGUACCCAAUUUCCUCACCCCCUCUACCAGCCAAGACAAGAGCAGCACCAUCAAGCGGGGAAAUGCCAAGUGUGUGUUCCGACUGACUGGACACAUUACGGCUAUAAAAACGCUGUCCUUCUGUCCCACCGGUCUUGCACUGGUAUCUGGAGGAAUCGGAGGGGUGCUAAACAUCUGGUCUUUGAGGGAUGGUUCAGUCCUGCAGACAGUGGUUAUAGGAUUGGGGUCAGUGGUUUGUACCACCUGGAUACCUCACAUAGGUGUUGCUGCCUGCUCAGGAAGAUCAAAGGACGUGUUGUUAAUUCGCUGUACUCCAGACUGGAUCACCCAGAAUCAUGUUCUGGCCUCCUGCCGGUCUGUCCUCCGCAGUCAGGGCAUUCUGGGAUUGAAUCGUGCCCCCUGCAUGGCUGUCUUCCUCGAACGCCUUCCCACACUGCUGCAGGAGCAGUACAGUUAUGAGAAGAGUCAUGUGAUGGCAGGAGAUCAGUUGACCCACAGUGCCUUUCUGCAGAGUCUCACCACACUGGCCGUAGGUCUCUUAAUGGAUCAGUUACUGUGUCAUCAUCCCAGACCGCCACACCACAGCGGGACAGGGCCGGAUCAGGACGGGGCCCCCGGAUCCUUCUGUCCCUCAGAGUGGAUCUGGCUUUACACUUAUUCCACAACCAUGAAAAGCGCAGAGGCAUUUGCUCGAGGCACACCCUUCCCAGAAGCAUUCAUGGUGCCUGAGUUCCAUACGCCCGGGGCCACAAAGUUCACCAAACCACUGGACAACAGUAAAUGGACAUUCAUGAUGGAUGAACAGCUCAUGUCCUGGGCUACAAGCAGACCUGAAGACUGGCAGCAGGGUGGUAAAAGUGAGGUGUACCUGUGGGGUAACGGUCGUCACGGGCAACUGGCAGAUGCUGGUACCAGCGCAUCUGUGCCCACCCUUGCACCCUCCCUCUCACAGACUCAACAGGUUGUAUGUGGUCAGAACUGCACAUUCCUGGUUCAAGCUAACGGUGCAGUGCUGGCUGUAGGAGAGGGCAGUUAUGGGCGACUCGGACAGGGUAACUCUGAUGACCUCUACACCCCCACUGUCAUCUCGGCUUUACAAGGUUAUGUAGUGACGCAGCUGGUGACAUCAUACGGGUCAGAUGGUCAUUCUCUGGCUCUCACAGAGACGGGGGAGGUAUUCAGCUGGGGCGAUGGGGAUUAUGGGAAAUUGGGCCAUGGGAACAGUGAAAGACAAAGAAGGCCCAAACAGAUAGAGGCGCUGCAGGGCGAGGAAGUGGUGCAGCUGGCAUGUGGAUUCAAACACUCAGCUGUAGUGACAGCUGAUGGAAAGCUCUUCACCUUUGGCAGUGGGGAUUCCGGUCGCUUGGGUCAAAGGUCAACCUCCAACAAGAUGGUCCCAGAGAGGGUUACAGCCCUUGAUGGAUACCACAUUGGACAGGUGUCAUGUGGUAUCAAUCAUACUUUGGUGCUGUCAUCGGACGGCAUGACCGUGUGGGCCUUUGGAGAUGGUGAUUAUGGUAAACUCGGGAUUGGACCAUGCACUGUCAAGUGCUACCCACAGAAAGUGGAGGCUCUCUGUAACAAGGGGAUCAAAAAGAUUGGAUGUGGAACUCAUUUCUCAGUGGUGUUGGCCAAAGAUGGACAUGUGUAUACAUUUGGCCAAGAACGCCAUAUAGGUCUGCCUGACUCCAUGCUGAAGAAUCAUAACCGGCCACAGAUCGUACCUGCUCUGGAGGGCGUGUUCAUUGAGGACAUCGCUGUGGGCUGCGAGCACAUCCUCGCUCUGUCUAACACUGGUGAUGUGUAUGCAUGGGGCUGCAACUGUGAGGCCCAGCUGGGAUUGGGUCAUUCCAAUCCUGUUAAGGAGCCCAUUAUGGUUACUGCUUUACAAGGCAAAAACAUCAGGCAGAUCUCUGCUGGACGCUGCCACACUGCUGCCUGGACCACACCAGCUUUAUCAACCAGAGCUUCAGGUUGUGCAGGUAUACAGUUGGGUCUGCCUCAGUCUAUACCCCCGCAGUAUAACGCUCUAAAAGACUGCAGCCCUGAAGUGCUGAACACUCGUCUCAGAGUGCUGUAUCAUUUCUCUGAUCUCAUGUACAAAUCCUGGAGGCUUCUGAACCUCGACCCCCGAAACCAGGUGAAUACUUCUCGCUAUAGCUCUGGAACCGCUGCCAUCGUACAGGGUCAGCUGCGAGGCCUCCUCUCCCCAAAAGUGAACACGCUUCCUCUUGUUCGCACCAUUGGCAGAACCAUGACCCAGGGAAAGACCUACGGACCUCAGAUCACAGUCAAAAGAAUCUCCACUAGGGGGCGCUCUAGCAAGCCCAUAUUUGUGCAGAUUGCCAAGCAGGUAGUGAAUCUGAACCCCACUGAGUUGCGUCUACCCUCCAGAGCUUGGAAGGUGAAGCUGGUUGGAGAGGGUGCGGACGAUGCCGGGGGCGUAUUUGAUGACACCAUCACAGAGAUGUGCCAGGAGUUGCAGUCUGGUGUGGUUGACCUGCUCAUUCACACUCCAAACAACACUGCAGACGUCGGUAGCAACACGGACAGGUUUUUGCUGAAUCCAGCUGCAGUUUCAGAUGAUCACAUGGUGCAGUUUCGUUUCCUGGGUAUUUUAAUGGCAGUGGCCAUUAGAACUAAGAAGCCUCUGGAUCUGCACCUGGCUCCAUGGGUGUGGAAGCAGAUGUGCUGUAUUCCUCUGGGAGCCGCUGACCUGGAGGAGGUCGACCUGCUCACAUACCGCUCUCUUCAGGGCAUCUUACACCUGGACAACAGUGUGAUCAAUGAAGAGAACUUCACAGUGAUGAUCCCUCUGGACUCAUUUGUGGCUCACAGUGCAGAUGGCACACGGGUUCCUGUGGUUCCUGGUGGACACAACUUCCCCCUGACUUUCUCCAACAGGAACGAGUAUGUGGAGAGAGCUCUGCACUACAGACUACAUGAGAUGGAUCGACAGGUGUCAGCAGUGAGGGAGGGCAUGUCCUCCAUCAUUCCGGUCCCACUGCUCUCACUGCUAACAGCCCGACAGCUGGAACAGUUGGUGUGCGGCCUUCCUGAGGUCUCUGUGGAGAUGCUCAAGAAGGUGGUGCGUUACCGUGACAUAACCGACUGCCACCAGCUCAUUGGCUGGCUGUGGCAGAGCCUCGAGGAAUUCACUAAUGAGGAGAGGGUCCUUUUCUUGCGCUUCGUGUCUGGCCGUUCCAGACUGCCAUCCAAUCCAGCCGACAUCACACAAAAGUUUCAGAUCAUCAAAGUUGACCGGCCAGUGAACGGCCUUCCUACGGCCCAGACGUGCUUCUUUCAGCUCCGCCUUCCUCCCUAUACGAGCCAGGCAAUACUAGCUGAGCGCCUACGCUACUCUAUUCACAACUGCCCCUCCAUAGACAUGGACAACUACAUGCUCUCUCGCAACACUGAUCCGGCCGACGGCUCUGAUACGGAGUACUGACAUGCCGCUCGCAAAACGGAUGCUGUUACGCUAGAAAGCACAAAAAAAUUACAACAAAAUUACAAUGUUUGUCUAAAACUCAUAUAUGCCUCUGGUUGGUCUUUUUCCUCACACAUGCAAUACAGUUCUCACUCAUAAAGCCUCUUAUAUGUGCUGUCAGCAGUAUAAAGAUUUCACUGCAGCAGCCUGUUCUUCCACCAGGUCAAAAGCAAUUCAUUUGUUUAUUUAUUCAUUUUAUAUGGCAUUCGUGUCUCUGAAUGGUUCCGGAUACUUCCUAAAGCUAAAAAUACACCAUAUUAUUUGUCAAAACGGACAAAAAGUUGUAAAAAAAAAAAAAAAAAAGUUUAAAUAUUAAAUAUUACCACACAAGCUACGUGCCUGGAAUGGACACAAGGUUGCUUGUGAAGUUACUGACACAAACUGGGGUGGUUCAUAAGUAAGCACUUGGCUGCUAGCUUAUGUCCCAGUUUAUGCCAAAAGCUUUUAAAGCAAUAUAACACCAUAACAUGGAAAAUUCUGUCAUUAUUUACUCUCACUCAAACACGUAUGAAUUUCUUUCUUUCGUGGAACACAAAAGGAGAAAUUUUUAAAGGGAUAUUUCGGUUUCGACAUAAGUUGAGCUCAGCAUUUGUGGCAUAAAAAAAAACAGCAGAAACUUACAAAGGAAGUGAAUGCAGAAAUGUGAAGCUUAUAAUUUUUUUUUUAGAAUCAUUCUAUUAAAAUGCAUCUUUUAUAUGAGCUGUAAAGUUGUUUAAAUCAUCGUUUUUAAGGUCUUUAUGGUUUAUGGCUUUACGUCGUCAUGCAAAACGUCAUGGUUUUAACUUUACACAGAAAAGGUUAGUUUUUAUCUAAACUUUAUCACGCUAAAAUCAUGUUAACCCUCAUAUUGUUCACAUCUUGUGGCUAUACUUUUGAAAUAAUAUUUUUACGUUUACGGAUUGGCCCCAUUCACUUCCAUUGCAAGUGCCUCACUGUUACCCAGAUUUUUUUUUUUAAGAAGAUGGACAAGUCAAAAUGAAUUUUUGUGGUCAACAUUGACACAAAUGCUGUUGAUUGGGCUUACCUUGACUAGUCGCUAUUCUCUAUGAAAUUAAAAUGAAUGGGGACUAAAGCUUUCAAGCUUAAAAAAAAAGCCAUACGAUAGCUUUUUGUGAGAAAAAGACAUUUACACUGUUAUCCACUUUUAGUCUCGCCCUUUAAUUAGCUUCUAACAGUGUUUUGAACUCGAGAACCGGUUCAACUGAUUCAUUUGAAAUAUCUGAGUCAAUUAAUUGAUUCAUUCAUGAAUUGGUCAUUGCUAUUUCUCUUACUUUCUUGAAUGUCCUAAGAACAGAAGUCAAGAUUUUCAGUGAAUAACAGCUAAAGUUUUGGUCAGUUUCUCAGACAAAGCUAUCAUAUGCUUCAGUGAAGUCAUAUGAAUCACUUUAAUGAUACUUCUAUGAUUAUUUUGUGCUCUUUUUUUAAGCUUUAAAGCUACAGUCCCUAUUCAUUGUAAAUGCAUGGAAAACAACCUUCAAAUCAUCUCAAAUCAAUAAAGACUUGGAACAAUAUGAAAGUACUGUAUAUGAUGACAGAAUUGACAUCUUUUGGUGAAAUACUCCUUAAACUACUGUACUGUACACUAUAUCUUCUGACUCAGUGGAAAAAGUGCUAUAAGUCUGAGAAAAAGCCCCUAAGCAGUCACAGGGUCGUUCGGGGGCUGCGCAUUUGUGUUCAUGAAUGACAUGUUAAUCGAUAGUUCUCAGUAAAUUAUAUCUUAAAUGAAUGUAUACUUGCAAAUGCCAUGCACGUGUGCACUCGGAACAUACUUUAAUUUGCCAAAUACUGUAGUGAUGUUCUACAUUACAUAGGGUUUAAUUGAUUUCAGCCCUUUUUUUGCAACUGUGAAAAAACGUGUGCAUACUGUUUGGUGAUUUUUGUGUCUCGCAUUCUCCCAGGAAGAGAGUGCAGGUUUGUUACACAAUGCUAUGCUGGAAUGUAAAACGUUUUGACUGUUUUUACUGUGGUGAAAGUGUGUUUGACAUAGGAGGGACUCUCCCACUUUACUGUAGAAGUUUCAAUGACUUCUGAUUGUGGUGGUUUACAGUAUUGCUAAAUUAUAAAAAAUUAUUAUUAUUUUUUUUUUUUUUUUUUUCAUUGUUCUUAAAAAUAUUUACUUGAGUGAGCUCCAUGGACUGGAAGGGAAAAGGACCCCAUUUGGAUGAGGAAUAAGGUAAAAUAUGGCUGCUGCGCUAUUUUGCACUUUAGAACUGUAUGCAUUGCGCUUUAGCAUAUGAAAAAUCCUUAUUCAUUACAAUAUUUACAGCUUAAAAACUGCUUCAUCUAGAGAUUCUUGUGUUUCUCUUGACCCGAGCCACUGAUUUUCUAUCAAAGUGUUCAGAACUAACUUAAAGUCUAAAGUUCCAUACCGUACCAGUACAUUUCCAUGGCACGAUAUAGUAGUGUUUUAAAAUACUCUUGUUUUCAGAAUAAGCCAUAAAAUAAGAACGUUUAAGAAGUCCAUAAACUGUAUGAUAUCUUUUGGCGAUUACCUCUCAGAUGAGAUGCACUGUACUCUAAAUUAAAUUGUGUGUACAGACUUUCGUGUCAACAUUUGUAAAUCGUUGUAAAGGGCAUUUUAUUGUUUAUUUCAGCCAAUUUUUUUUUUUUUUAUGCCGACUCUCCUAGUGCAAUCACACUUUUUUAGAGAUAUAGUUUACCUAAGCAUGCCGUUUUUAUUUAGUCAGUCACCAUUUAUUGUAUGGAGAUUAAAUGAAAGUGAAUGGUGACUGAAGCUCACAUUCUGCUUAACAUUUCCUUUCAUGUUCCAUGGAGGAAAGAAUGUCAUACAGGUUUGAAACAACAUACAGAAAGAAAAAAAAGAAAAAGGAGUUACAGGAUUUUCAAUUUGGCUGAACUAUCCCUUUAAGUUAAAGACAGGAAAAGAGUUCUGGCUUUACCAACUAAAAAAUAAAACAUUU